GAAACUUUAAAUUUUGCAGAAGAUCUUAUCCGAAUGUGUGUGGUCUCAAUUUAAAUUCUUCAGGUGCCAAAGUUGUUGUCUACUGACAUGUUUUCCAAUUUAUGUGGGGUUGAUGCUGGUAAAGUGAUGCAGCCAGUUCUCAUUUAUUCUUGUAAGACACAUGAUACAUACUUAUGUAGUGUAUGCCAUCUUCAUCAUCUCGUUUAUUGUUACAAGAGCUCUCUAUAUCCCGAAUCCAGAAAUUUAUUCCUAAAAAGUGGAAACAAAGUGCCAAACCUAUAGAUAUUCAAUCCAAUCAACCAUUUGUAUCAUAUGAUUACCAAAGGCAUGAGUUGAAAACAUUUACAACCGAUUAUGAAUUCAUGUUAGAAAACUUUCUUACGUCUCUCAAGGAAUUUCUAACCGAAGGACAUCUACUGAAAGCAUUCAAAUCAUUUUCUUUAAUUCAGCUCCAUGUCUCUUCCACUACUUCUUAUGAUGUUAUCUUACAGCCCAUCUCUUCUCUUCUUGUAUCCUGUACCAACCAUAAAUCGCUUCCACCAGGUAAACAGCUUCAUGCCCUAAUUAUCUCCUUGGGUUUGGAGCAACAUCCUCUUCUGGUUCCGAAGCUUAUCACAUUUUACUCAACAUUUAAUCUUUUGGAUGAUGCCCAAGUUGUCACAGAGAAUUGUAAUUUUUUGCACCCAUUACCAUGGAAUUUGCUUAUAUCUUCCUUUGUUAAGAAUGAGUUUUUCGAGGAGGCUCUAUCUGCCUAUAGAAAGAUGGUGAAUAAGGGGAUUAGACCAGAUAGUUUCACCUACCCAUCUGUUUUGAAAGCUUGUGGUGAGAAAUUGGAUAUUGAUUUUGGGAGGAUGGUUCAUAACUCAAUUAAUGGUAGUUGUCAUGACUGGAACUUGUAUGUGCAUAAUGCUUUGAUUUCCAUGUAUGGAAAAUUUGGACAAGUGGAUGUUGCUCGUGACUUAUUUAACAAAAUGGUGGAGAGGGAUGAUGUCUCUUGGAAUACAAUUAUCAGUUGUUAUGCCUCCAAGAGCAUGUGGGGAGAAGCAUUUGAGCUCUUUCAUUGCAUGCGGGCUGAAGGUAUUGAACUGAAUUUUAUAACGUGGAAUACUAUUGCGGGAGGGUGCUUGCGAACAGGGAAUUUUAAGGGUUCACUGGAGUUGCUUUCUCAGAUGAGAAGUAGUGGCAUUCAUUUGGAUCCGGUGGCAAUGAUCAUAGGGUUGGGGGCCUGUUCACAUAUUGGGGCUUUGAAAUUGGGGAAAGAGAUUCAUGGUUCUGCAAUUCGGAGUUGUUGUGAUGCGAUUGAGAAUGUUAGAAAUGCAAUGAUUACAAUGUAUUCUAGAUGCAAAGACCUAAGGCAUGCCUAUAUUUUGUUUAAGUCAGUAGAAGCAAAGACUAUAAUUACUUGGAACUCAAUGCUUUCUGGUUACACCCAUAUGGAUCAAUCUGAAGAAGCAUCGUUCCUAUUUCGGGAGAUGUUACAUUCUGGGGUUGAACCCAAUUAUGUUACAAUUGCCAGUAUCUUGCCUCUUUGUACUAGAGUGGCAAAUCUGCAACAUGGAAAAGAAUUCCACUGCUACAUUACCCGACGCAAAGUUUUUGAGGACUGUUUAUUAUUGUGGAAUGCUCUUGUAGCUUUGUAUGCAAGGUCAGGAAAAGUUCUCGUGGCUAAGCGCAUAUUUGAUUUGAUGAGAAAGAGGGAUGAAGUGACCUAUACUUCUCUAAUUGCCGGAUAUGGAAUGCAGGGAGAGGGACAAGCUGCUAUAAAGCUAUUCAAAGAGAUGAUUAACCUUCAGAUCAAACCAGAUAAUGUAACGAUGGUGGCUGUUCUAUCUGCUUGCAGUCAUUGUGGCCUAGUAAUUGAAGGCCAAAUGUGGUUUGAAAAGAUGCAAAGUUUCUAUGGUAUAAUUCCUGGUUUUGAGCAUUUCUCUUGCAUGAUCGACCUCUAUGGACGGGCUGGUUUGUUGAAUAAAGCGAAGGAAAUCAUCACAAGAAUGCCAUACAAGCCAAGUGCGGCCAUGUGGGCCACUCUCUUGGGAGCCUGUAGGAUCCAUGGAAAUACAGAUAUAGGGGAAUGGGCAGCUGAGAAACUGCUGGAACUCAGACCUGAAAAUUCAGGUUACUAUGUGUUGAUCGCUAACAUGUAUGCUGCUGCUGGUUGUUGGAGCAAGUUAGCGAAAGUCAGGACUUUCAUGAGAGAUUUGGGUGUAAAGAAGUCUCCUGGUUGUGCUUGGGUUGAUGUGGGAUCUGUAUUUUCUCCAUUUGUUGUGGGGGACACAUCAAAUCCUUAUACACAGGAGAUUUACGAAGUAUUGGAUGGACUGACUGAGCUCAUGAGGGAUGGUGGUUAUGUUACUUGGGACAAGUUUGGUUUGGAUAGUGAAGUUCUUGAAGAAAUUGAAUGAAAAUAGGUAUUUGCUACCAGAGUACAAAUCUGUGUGGUUCUCAAAAUUUUGUUUACUUGGAGCAUGAUGGAACUAUUGUAACAAAUUUCCAUCUGUUCUCAGUUUUGGUUACUCAAAUUUGGUGCAGAUAUAAGCUGAUUAUUCUUAGUCUUCAACUAUUUUUCAGCAAUCAAAGGUUUUGUGUAAGCUAUUGCCAUACUUCAACUGCUAUAAGUUAACAUGUUGAGUCGAUGACAAUUAUUUGCAAUGUACCUUUUGAAACAUAAAUGUCUUUGGACAUCCCAUCUCGCUCACUAGAAACAAAAUACAUGCUGCAAACUUAGGCGUUUGGGCUUUUUAUUAUUCCUCUAUUUUGAAUAGUGGCAAUGUUUCAAGUAUUUAGGAAGGAAACGGCUAGAUAUCUUAGUUCCCUUUCUCCGUAUAAAUUGAAGACCGCAUCAUUUGAUAGGGAAAACAUGAAUCCAACAACACCACCAGUCCAAUGACAUAUGGUUCACAGCAGAGUUUAGAAAUUACCAGCUUGGAAAAGCGAAGGUGAUCUUCUGAGGGUGCUUAGAAGGUUUACAAGGUAAUUCUUUUGUGUUAUUCUUGAGAUUCAGCUGGAAAGGAUGCACCGAGCAGUGAAGCCGUUGAGGUGUCUCUACAGCAGCCUGUUGCUGCUAUGAGCAUGUACUAUAGGAUUGUAAGUGAGUUUGUUAGGAAUUGACUUCUAUUUGUUCAUUUGCUGGAUUUACAAAGGGACGUCCAAAAGCUUGAAAUCCUUAGAAUGAAGGAUGAGAGCUCUAUUCAGUUUUUGCAGAGCAAGAUCUGGAAGCAAUGUGGCUUAAAGUUGCUUAUCAUGUCUACUGCAUCUGGCGAUACCAGGUUUAAGAAUGUUAGAAGAAUGAAGGGUGAUUUUCAUACCAAAGCUGCCUCCCCAGGUUUGAUUGCAGGUUCAACAACAUCUCUUCCAUAACUGUUCACAAGAAAAUAAUUAGUCUCGAUUUUUCUUUGGAUUGAAACUCGAUCAAGAAUGAAAAUAAGAAUAUGGAGAAACAUGGUUGUUGGGUUGAGAGAAAAUGUUUAAAGACACAAUGAGUAAUAUAUCAGGUAUCAACAUGAAAGACAUCAGUUAUCACUUACAUUAUUUGCCUUUUGCCUUCCAACAUUUCUAGCCGAUAAAAGCUGCAACCUUUGCUAAAAGGAAAAGCUUUUCCUUUCCAUUCUGUUAGAUGGUAAUAAAAUUUAAGGAAAAUAAAAAGUUCAGGGAAAGGAAAAAUAAAAUU